AUGCUUCGAGUGACGAGUUCGCGGCGUGCGGCGGGAUUGAAGCCUGGCGACUUUGACCACAACAUUGACCUUGUUGACCACGAUAACAAGACUGAUUCCCCUGCUGGAUUGUCUGUCGGGGGACCCGCGAUUGAGAGAGCAUCGACGGAAUCACGCCUUUUGCGCUCCGAAGAUGGCGCGACGCAAGGCGACAGCCGCGAUAGCCCUCGGGUCCAAGAGCGCCCCGUGGAAGAGCUGCAGGCUGAGCAGGAGCUGCCUCAAUCUGCCGUAAGGCCCUCAAUUGAAGUUCAAGCGGCGACGCCAGGUGAAUUCCAUGGGGGGCAGAAUGUUGUGCCCAGGAAACCAAAAGUUAAACGAGAAACUUUCAUUGACAUCCUGUAUGAGAAUGAGCGAGGCGGCUUCUUAUGUGGUCGGCCUCUGUUCUCAGCCGCUGCCCUUGGAGGUAUCGAUGCCUCGGCGUGGACAAACAUGUACCAUAAGCCUUCGCCAACCAAUAUCCACAAUGCACAGGUUCCUGACCCCUCCUGGGAAUGGGUAUGGUCAGAAUGGCAUCUCAACAUCCAAGAGGGGACGGAUGAAGGUGGUUGGGAAUACUCAUUUGCGUUUAGCAAGAGAUUCUCAUGGCACGGUCCACGAUGGUACAAUUCGAUCGACCGCGAAAAGCUCGAUGCAACGAAAAACUAUUUGAGGAACGCUACAGAUCUUGGUGAUCUACCCGACAGAAUACAUGAGAUCAUGGCUCUCUUCGUGUUCCAGGCUUCACGAAGACUUCUCCUGAGCCAUAUCAUCCAGAUAUAUGAUGAAUCGACGAAAGAGCUCGAAACGAAGGACAGCGUGGAGGUUAAGGAGCGCCACGAGGCCGUGAAGUCUGCGCUUAAGCAUGCAGAUGAAGAGGGGGGCAAGGUGAGCCCGAGCCAAGAGGCUCCCGGAGCGAAACCGGCAAGCGAUGGUGGAAGCAUCAACGGCGCUCAGGCGCCCUCGGCGACCGAACCUGUGUGGCGGAUGAGCGACCAAGGAGCCGAGAAUGGCGGAGAGGGAGUUGAAGAGGGCACAACAAGCCUUGAAACAAGCCUAGUCGAAGACACCACGCCGGCAUCGCUACUUUCCGAGGUUCGCAACGCAAUUACAACCAAGACUAUACCCACGAACGACCCGACCCUAAAGAACGCCGUCUACCGCGAGAUAUAUCGAUCGAUAAAGCCUGACGAUCCGCUUAUACAAGAGAAGCUUGCGUCUCCGUUUGCGCCACAAACAUUAAAUUAUCCUUCAGCCUUGUCGAGAAGAGCAAACUUCAACAGUGUUCACUUGGCUGCUAAGAAGCUUGUAGCACUGGACAAACUCUGGGCUAUGCACCUUCCCGAGGAUCAUUUCUUGCUUCAACGCCUGGACUGGAACCAUAUUCUCGGGCGCCUAAAGGACAUGACCCCGAAACAGUCGGAUGGAGAUUUAGCGACCAUGCGAUUCGUUCUCCCAGAAAAUGUAUCGUUUGACUUCGAACAGCGCCGUCUCGAAUUUGUAGACUCGGCUACGGGGCAGACAUCUCGGCUCAGAGCAUCUGGCGAUCGUGCCAAUCCGACGGGAGUUAUAUUGAGAGGCCCCAGGAAGGCGUUGGCUAAGGUCGCUGAUGAACUGAUUCAGGUGUCGAAGCAAGUUCAGGUAUUUGAGCUUGGAGACGUAACUACCCAAGACUACGUAACUACUCAGCUAUGGCCGGCGACCAACAAUCCAGUCAACGACGGUGAAACGAAUUCUGACGACGCGAGGGACUCUCUCUGGUUGAGCACAGAGCCAACGAAGCCGACAACGGGGCGCAGAGUUGAGCAUAUGCUCAUUCCCGUCCACUGGUCGGUAGACGGACUGAGUUCCUUUAUUAAAAAUGUCAUUUAUACCCACCUACCACCAAGGCUAGAUCCUACCCUCCAUAGCGAUCUCAUCAAACAAAUCGGCGAUGGUGCUCUUGAUAGGAAUGCCGUCAAGGCACGACUAAUCAUGAAGGUCUUAACUGACCCUAGCGCUACUCAAUUCAUCACAGUACAUACGUUAAAGAUGUCAAUGGCUUUUCUUACACGACGAGGUGGUUACAUCGCUGACGCUGAUCGUCUGCUCUCCUUCGCGGAAGAGCGGGGAUUGCCCAUGGACACUGAGUUUUUCAAUAUCUUGCUUGAAAGCUACGCCUCCAACCUGGAUUAUAGGUAUUUCUUUAAGCUGUUGAGCAAAAUGAAGUCUCGAUUCUUCCGGCCCAAUGCGCGCACCUGGCUUCUCUUUCUACGCCUCGUUCAGGGAAACAGCGAGCGGCAACGGAUAGUUGCUGCAAUGUACGACCUAGGCCUGUUCAAGGACCCAGAAACCCGUCGUGGUAUUGGCAGUGUGUUUGCCCAGCGAGAAGCCCACCUAGCCUUCAAGACCGGAGGAGUCAAUAUUCAACAGUUUAUGGAUAUUCUAGCUACCACGUACGGUAGUGACUGGCGGACCCAGGAGACUCUGAGCAGUAUCCUGAAGGAAUACCUUCAUGUUAUGGGAAAAGGUCUUCAAAUGUCUCAGCUGGAGCUCCUUCUUCAGCAACAGCCAGAUGACGGGCGCCCCCUGGAUGCUCGGUUCUUUAAUGAUAUUCUGGAGCACUGCCAGGCCACACGAGACUGGAAUCUUGCUAUCUGGACGCUACAACAAAUGAAUAAACGUGGCGUAAUGCCUGACGAGAAAUCCUACGACCAUCUGAUCCAGAUGGCUGUGUGGACAAAGCGACAGCGCACUCUGGGGGCCGUUCUAUUCCAGGCGAUUCUCGACCAGAGUGUAACCUCCGAAAUGCGCUUGAUGCUGGCUGAUCUUAUCCAAGGCCGCCACAAGAAAGUUUUCUGGCGAACUCGCCAGCCUCUGGUUUUCACCCGAGCGAUGCUGCUGGACAUGUCUCUUCGACGCAACCUCUCGGGCCACGACCCAUGGCAUGACAUGGUGCAGUGCAUCCUAUCCGAGUGCGGUGACCUGGUCCCAGGCCAGUCGCUGGGCGAAACUAUCGACCAAGCGCUCCGAACUGACAAUUUCGAGUUCAAGUAUCAGCAAAGGGUGAAUAAGCCAGUAACCUUCAAACUGAAACAUCCAGAUGGCUCCUCCCCAGGACGUACUCUAUCCCUGCAGCACAGCAGCGACGAAAGCCCGACCACUCUACCCAAGGCCGACCCUGAUGAGAGCUGGACCAAACUCCUCGGUCACAGCGACGUGGAACAUGCCCCCCUCAGCGCCACAGAGAGACUGCGCUUCUUCUUCAACGAAAACCCCGGCCCGGUCUUCUCAGCACUCCUCCCGGACGCCAUCCUCGACCACGAAGAAUUCGAAGACAUGAUCAUGAGCUCCACCGAGGACGCAGAGAAGGCACGAGCCCGCGUCGCCAGGAUCCAGACCCUGGAAGGCGACGAGUUCUGGGGCUACGACGUCCAGGACGCGCCGCAGCCCUCCGCCGAAGACGGCGACGGCAUCCUGGCAACCCUGGAGGUGGAGAGCGGCAACGCGGAGCCGCACCGCGUCUGGGAGUACUUUGGGUUCUGCGAGGCCUGGGACGUGCCCUGCUCCAUCCCAGACGAGCCAGUGCCGGAACUACUGCUGGGCAAGAAACCUACGACGCAGCAUGGCGGACCCGUCUCGGGCAGCAAGAAGAGCAAGAAGGACCAGUUUUCAACAAGCCAGAAGCGCCGCGUCGAGAUCCGGAUCUUGAACACAUCCCAGUUCAUGGAAAGGGCCGUCGACGACGCAUCGGACCAAUCCCGAGAUGAGAAGGGGCAAACGGGAGAUGCAAAGGGACAGCCAUCGGACCCCGAAGCGGUCCCUUGA